AUGUGUGAAGUGAUGCCCACAAUCAACGAGGGAGACCCCCUGGGGCCUCCCCAUGGAGCCGAUGCUGACGCCAACUUUGAGCAGCUGAUGGUGAACAUGCUGGAUGAGCGGGAGAAGUUGCUAGAGUCCCUUCGGGAGAGUCAGGAGACUUUGCUGGCGACACAGAGCCGGCUCCAGGAUGCCCUGCAUGAGCGAGACCAGCUUCAGCGCCACCUUAACUCUGCCCUCCCCCAGGAAUUUACCACCUUAACCCGGGAGCUGAGUAUGUGUCGGGAGCAGCUUCUAGAGAGAGAGGAAGAGAUAUCAGAGCUGAAAGCAGAGCGGAAUAACACGAGGUUGCUCCUGGAACAUCUGGAGUGCCUGGUGUCCCGCCAUGAGCGGUCACUGAGGAUGACUGUGGUGAAGCGUCAGGCUCAGUCACCAUCAGGGGUUUCCAGUGAGGUGGAGGUGCUGAAGGCUCUCAAGUCACUGUUUGAGCACCACAAGGCCCUGGAUGAGAAGGUGCGAGAGCGGCUCCGGGCGGCCCUCGAGAGAGUGACCACUUUGGAGGAACAGCUGGUGUGUGCCCACCAGCAGGUGUCUUCCCUACAGCAGGGGUCAGGGGUUCGGGAUGGAGUGGCUGAAGAUGAGGGGACUGUGGAGCUGGGACCAAAAGGCCUGUGGAAGGAGGACUUGGGCCAGGUUGAGGAGCUGCAGGAGCUUCUGGAGAAGCAGAACUUUGAGUUGAGCCAAGCCCGGGACCGACUGGUCACCCUGACAGCAACUGUGGCUGAACUGGAGGAGGACCUGGGAACAGCCCGCCGGGACCUCAUCAAGUCGGAGGAACUGAGCAGCAAACACCAGCGGGACCUCCAGGAAGCUCUAGCCCAGAAGGAGGACAUGGAGGAGCGGAUCACCACCCUGGAGAAGCGCUACCUGGCUGUUCAGCGUGAGGCUACAUCAAUCCAUGACCUCAACGACAAACUGGAGAACGAGCUGGCCAAUAAGGAAUCCUUGCAUCGCCAGUGUGAAGAGAAAGCCCGAUAUCUGCAGGAGCUCCUGGAGGUAGCCGAGCAGAAACUUCAGCAGACGAUGCGUAAGGCCGAGACGCUGCCAGAAGUGGAGGCUGAGCUGGCCCAAAGAGUUGCGGCCCUCACCAAGGCUGAAGAGCGACAUGGCAGCACUGAGGAGCACCUCCGACAGCUGGAGGGACAGCUGGAGGAGAAGAACCAAGAGCUGGCGCGGGUGCUCCAGCAGGAGAGGAUGAAUGAAGCCCACAACAAGCGCCUGUCAGACACGGUGGACCGGCUGCUUAUUGAGGCGAAGGAGCGCCUGCAGCUCCACCUCAGGGAGCGCAUGGUGGCCCUGGAGGAGAAGAACACGUUGAUCCAAGAGCUGGAGACCUCCCAGCGACAGCUUGAAGAGCAGCACCAUCACAAGGGCCGCCUGUCUGAAGAGAUUGAGAAACUGCGCCAAGAGGUGGACCAACUGAAGGGUCAAGGAGGACCAUUUGUGGAUGGCAUCCGCUCCAGGGCAUACACGGGCAGUGCAACGGAUGUGCGGUUCUCCAUGAGCACAACUGCCCACGCAUCUCAAGGUCUGCAUCGUUGUUACUCAGCACGGCGGGAACAAUCUGCCAAGGACUGGGAGCCAUCUCCACUGCCUGAGGUGCUGGUCCCGACAGCCACCCCUGCCUUUGACAGUGACCGUGAGAGCUCUGAUGUGGAUGAGGAUGAACCAGGGGGUCUGCUGGGCUCCAUGGACGUUGUCUCCCCUGGCAGCCACUCAGACGCCCAGACCCUGGCCAUGAUGCUGCAGGAGCAGCUGGAUGCUAUCAACGAGGAGAUCAGGAUGAUCCAGGAAGAGAAGGAGUCCACAGAGCUCCGUGCUGAGGAGCUGGAAACGCGAGUGACUAGUGGCAGCAUGGAGGCCCUAGACCUGACCCAGCUGCACAAACGAGGUUCCAUCCCCACCUCUCUGACCGCCCUGUCCCUGGCCAGCGCAUCCCCUCCACUCAGCGGCCGUGCCACACCUAAGCUUACCUCCCGCAGUGCUGCCCAGGACCUGGACCGGAUGGGGGUCAUGACCUUGCCCAGUGACUUAAGAAAGCAUAGGAGGAAGCUGCUGUCACCAGUGUCUUGGGAAGAGAACCGAGAGGAUAAAGCCACCAUAAAAUGUGAGACUUCUCCUCCUUCCUCACCCAGGACACUGCAGCUAGAAAAGCUUGGCCACCCAGCCCUGAGCCAGGAAGAAGGCAAGAGUGCUUUGGAGGAUCCAGGCAGCAACCCCAGCAGCAGCAACAGCAGCCAGGACUCCUUGCACAAGGGUGCCAAGCGCAAGGGCAUCAAAUCAUCCAUCGGCCGCCUGUUUGGGAAGAAGGAGAAAGGCAGGCUGAUCCAGCCAAGCCGGGAUGGACCCACAGGCCAUGUUGUACUGCUAACAGAUUCUGAGCUCGGUCUGCAGGAGCCCAUGGUGCCUGCCAAGCUGGGAACCCAGGCAGAAAAGGACCGGAGGCUGAAGAAGAAACACCAGCUGCUUGAAGAUGCCCGGAGAAAAGGAAUGUCCUUUGCCCAGUGGGACGGCCCUACUGUGGUCUCCUGGCUAGAGCUCUGGGUGGGGAUGCCUGCUUGGUAUGUGGCAGCCUGCCGGGCCAACGUCAAGAGUGGCGCCAUCAUGUCAGCCCUAUCGGACACAGAGAUCCAGCGAGAAAUUGGCAUCAGCAAUGCCCUGCACCGGCUCAAGCUCCGGCUGGCCAUCCAGGAGAUGGUGUCGCUGACCAGCCCCUCUGCCCCGCCCACCUCCAGGACUUCUUCUGGGAAUGUCUGGGUCACCCACGAAGAGAUGGAAACUCUGGCAGCAUCCACUAAAACAGACAGUGAGGAGGGCAGCUGGGCUCAGACCCUGGUCUAUGGGGAUAUGAACCACGAGUGGAUUGGGAACCAGUGGCUCCCCAGCCUGGGGCUCCCCCAGUACCGCAGCUACUUCAUGGAGUGCCUCGUGGAUGCUCGCAUGCUGGAUCACCUCACCAAGAAGGACCUGCGGGUCCACCUGAAGAUGGUGGACAGCUCCCACCGAACCAGUCUUCAGUAUGGCAUCAUGUGCCUGAAGAGGCUGAAUUAUGACCGGAAGGAGCUGGAGAAGCGGCGGGAGGAAAGCCAGCAUGAGAUCAAGGAUGUGCUAGUCUGGACCAAUGACCAGGUAGUUCAUUGGGUCCAGUCUAUUGGGCUCCGGGACUACGCAGGAAACCUCCAUGAGAGUGGUGUGCAUGGUGCUUUGCUGGCCCUGGAUGAGAACUUCGACCACAACACACUGGCCCUGGUUCUCCAGAUACCCACACAAAAUACCCAGGCACGCCAAGUGUUGGAGAGAGAGUUCAACAACCUGUUGGCUUUGGGCACAGACCGGAAGCUGGAUGAUGGGGAAGACCAGGCGCUCCGCCGCGCGCCCUCCUGGAGGAAACGCUUCCGCCCGCGGGACCCCCACGGCCGCGCCCCGCUCAGCGCCGCGGCCGACACGCUCCCGACAGCAUUCCGCGCGUCCACCAUGGGGCCCGUGCCGCCUCCGCCGUCCCCGCGGAAGAUCACGCCUGAAGCUCGCUCCCACUAUCUCUACGGACACAUGCUCUCCGCCUUCCGGGACUAG